AUGGUUAACUUCUCUCCUGAAGGAAUCGAUCCACAAGACUUUGAUGCGCUGUAUGAAGACAUCUAUAUGGAAGCAUGUAGAUUUGGUCCAGUACGAUCUAUGGUUAUCUGUGAGAAUCGUAAUGACCACUUAAAGGGAAAUGUUUAUUUGUAUUACGAAAGGGAACAAGAUGCUGAGGAUGCUAAAAACAAUUUUAAUACGAGGUGGUUUGAUGAAAGACCACUUUACUGUGAUUUAACACAUGUCGCCGAUUUUAGAGAGGCCGUUUGUAGGAAACAUGAUUUAGGCACUUGUGAAAGAGGUGGCGAUUGCAACUUUAUGCAUGUUAGAAGACCUUCCACUAAGAUUAGAAUCGAUUUAGAGAAAUCACAAGCUAAACAUUGGCAAUUUGAAACAAAAAGGUCUAAAAGCUGA